GGGCACCUAAGGACCCCGCGACCGGGGCCUCGAAGGACCCCAGGAGUCGCCCGCACUUCCGGCCGCCGGCUCCUUGUGCCGCCGGCGAGACCAUGUUCGUCCCCUCCGGGGACUCGGUCCCCGACCUCGCGGGGUGCACCCUCCUAAUGCCAGCAGUAUCUGUUGGAAAUGUUGGCCAGCUUGCAAUAGAUCUGAUUAUUUCCACACUGAAUAUGCAUAAGAUCGGUUACUUCUAUACUGACUGUCUUGUGCCAAUGGUUGGAAACAAUCCAUAUGCAACUGCAGAAGAGAAUUCAGCGGAGCUCAGUAUAAAUGCUGAAGUAUAUGCAUUGCCUUCAAAGAAACUAGUGGCUCUUCAGUUAAGAUCCAUUUUUAUUAAGUAUAAAUCAAAGUCAUUCUGUGAAAAACUGCUUUCCUGGGUGAAAAGCAGCGGCUGCGCCAAAGUGGUGGUUCUUUCUAGCAGCCACUCAUAUCACCGUAAUGACCUCCAGCUGCGCAGUACCCCCUUCAGGUACAUUCUUACCCCUUCUAUGCAAAAAAGUGUUCAGAAUAAAAUACAGAGCCUCAACUGGGAAGAAAUGGAAAAAACCCCAUGCAUUCCUGAAAUAGACGAUUCUGAGUUUUGUGUCCGUGUUCCUGGAGGAGGGAUCACAAAGCUGCUCUAUGAUGAAGGCUGUUCUAAAGAAAUCCCAAUUGCGAUUCUGCUGAAGUUCGUUUCAGAAGGAGACAACAUCCCAGAUGCUCUGGGUCUGGUUGAAUAUCUUAAUGAAUGGCUUCAGAUAAUCAAACCACAUUGUGAGGACCCCACAGCAUCUUCCCUGCCCUGGAAAAUGCCGAGUUCCUGGAGGUUACUCUUCGGCAGUGGUCUUCCCCCUGCGCUCUUCUGAUCUGUUUCAGUUUUAUACCUUACUUCCCAAGACACUUACUACCAACACAACUGGUAAACAACUGUAUAAAAAGAAUGUAUUAGGAAAUCUUUCCACAGAAAAAUCUCCAGGAAAAAUGGAUUAACACAAGGUUGUUUUUACCAUGUUUUCCAUCAUCUACAACAAAUGUAAAUUUUGUGCAAUAAAUUGUAAGUAAUUUUGUCUAAAA